UAGUGUGUCAUCUCAUCUCCCUCUUCGUCUCGAGACGCGACGCGACUCUCUCGAACGAACCCGGAGGAGUCCCGUACCCCAGCGGCAGCGAGGGGGGAGGCGGAGGCGAGCACCGGCGGCGAUGGGGGAUGGGGAGGGGAGCACCGGCGGCGGCGGGGGCGGCGGAGAUCCGCAGAGGCUGAAGCGGAUCGGGGCCGCGGCGUACGACUACGAGAACGACUCGCGGUGGGCGGGGUACUGGUCCAACGUCCUCGUGCCGCCUCACCUCGCCUCCCGCCCCGACGUCGUCGACCACUUCAAGCGCAAGUUCUACCAGCGGUACAUCGAUCCUGAUUUGAUUGUUGAGCCAAUGUCUUCCACAAGUUCAAGUCAAUCCACCAAACCAGCAGCAAGGUCUUCAGCAACACCAUCCAAUGAGAAUGUCAGAGCUCGUGACUCAGGAUCAAGUGCAAGAUCAACUGCUGCCUCCCAACCAUCACAAACGGAAAGGACUGCAAAUUCUUUAUGGUUGGAUGGGCGGACUAUACAUUUCUCUAUCAAUGCCUGGGUACUGGUAGUUGCUAGUCUUGGAAUAUUGCCAAUUCUACCAAAACAUAUUGCAAGCAAAGCCUAUAGACUCUCAUUACUAGGAACAAUAUGCUCCUCAGCAUAUUCUCUUUAUGUCACCUAUGGGAAACCAAGAGCAUGGAACAUGGCUGCAAUUCAGCCUUGGUUGCAAUCUAUAAUUGUAGCCAAGGACUUUGUUCAUUUGAUGUUCUCCCUUAUGAUGUUCACAUCUAAUGUGCACUAUAAAAUUGCUCUUCUUCCUGUGCUUUGCUGGGCACUUGAUCAUGUUGCUAGAUUCCUAAGGCGUAACUUUGCACGCUCCUCUUUGUACAGGAAGUAUUUGGAGGAGCCUUGUCUGUGGGUAGAAACAAACAACACAACACUCAGCCUCCUUUGUUCAAAUGCUGAAAUUACUCUGGGUUUCCUUAUGAUCGUAUCUCUUUUCUCGUGGAGACGCAACAUAAUUCAGACUUUCAUGUACUUCCAUCUAUUGAAGCUGAUGUACCAUGCACCCGUAACAUCUGGCUAUCACCAGAGCGCAUGGGCGAGAAUAGGCCGGGCCGUAAAUCCCUACAUCCAUCGCUACGCACCGUUCCUCAACACACCCAUUUCAGCUGUUCAAAGAUGGUGGUUGAGGUAGAAAGCAUGAUGAAUCUUUGCAUAGCCCUCCUACAGAAAGAAAAGGUCCAGAGCUUUUCCGUUACAAUUUCGUUAGAAGAUACUCAGCACGUCACUUGCAUUCUAUUGUUAUGCACAGCCGUAUUCUUCACUUGCGUAGCGUUCUAUUGUUAUGCACAGCUGUAUUCUCAUUUCAGCCAUAGUGCCAGAUAAGUUUCUGCAAGCUAUAUAUAGCUCUUGAAUGCAUUAACGGAAUUACUGAGGACAGACGUUAUAAUCAAUAACAGAACGGUAAACAACAAAAGCGGCAUUUUCCUUGAUCCAUUUUUGAAUUUUCGAUUAA